CGAGUUCUAAACGUACCACGACGUCACUUUAGCCUAAUUUUAACUUUUUCCAGACCUUAUAAGCUGAUAUCUAAUCAUGUCGCGGAAGGCGAUUCAAGAAUUUGAAGCUCGACGGAAUGAUUAUAGAGGUGGAUGGAUGAAGGGAGCCAAAGGGAAUGAGAAAGUUAUGUUGACCAACAACAACCUGCCCAACUACACAGUGAGGUCACCAACAUCCAGAGGAACCCAGACGAACCAGGCAGAAUCCAGGACCUGGUCCUCCUCCCCUCCACGGAAGACCCCAUCCCCAGCUCUGCAUUACAGAAGCAAGUCACCGCAGGAGAGAGCAAUGGAUGCGCCCGCGCCCGUACAAGGAUGCAUCUGUUACCGGGAACACACCAGCGUGGCUUGUUGCUCCUGUGGUCUCAUGUUAGUUGGAAGGGUUAGGAUGCAAUGCCCCUGUCAUCCUAACACCAUUCAUCUCAUGGAUGUUGAGAGGUGUCCCGAGUGUUGUAGCGCCACCCUCACAGAGCUGAGGACCACUUGAAGGAAGUCAUAACUGGACUAAGUACUGUUGACAGUUGUGUGUCAUUUGAUGAACCUGUACUGAACAAUGGAGAUUUUGCUCAGAUUUGUCUGUCCUGUGAGGUAUCAUUCAUUCCUUAGAUUACCUACAGAUCUAAAUGAGUAACUUUUAUUUAUUUAUUUUAUUUAAAAGUGCUUUCUAAAGUAUACCUUUGGCAAAUUGCUUUCUGACUAAAUACAAUAGGUCCAUAUCCAACAUUUCAGACACUGAUUUUUCUUUAUUUCUCAAGCAGUUUAAGACAACAUGUAAUGUACAGAUCUUUUUCUUUUUACACCCCUUUGAAUAAAUCUAGUUUGCCCUUCAACUUUUAUUAACAUUUUGUAUUACAUGGAUAUUUAACAUGCAGAAUUGUUUACAACAUGAAGGUCAUAACGUCCUUUUCAUGUUUGUUUUGUUGUAAUCAUGGCUUUGGAGAAGAGAAGAAAAAAUCAAAAUUUUCGAUCAAUCCAUUUUGUUCUGCUGCUGCUAAUUUAUUGCUACAAGUAUGUUACAUGUAUCAAGAAAAUACCUGCAAAUUUGUAAAUAUUCUUUGCACACAAAUAGCAAAGUAAAGCCUAGAGUAACUGUUUCAUGUAGAUAACAAAUAUCUUUCAAGGUCAAGGUCAACAUUUGAAGGUCAAUUUUCCAGGACAUGCAAUUUCAGUUUUUGUCAACUGAUUAAUUAGAGCUGAUCAGCUCAGGCCAGUUCAGUUUUAUGGAGGUACUAGUAAAGAAAAACAAUAUCCUGCAUUGUGGUUGCCAUGGUAAAAUGUCAUCAGUGGUAGAUAUGAAAAUACCAGUACAGUCGAACUAAGGUUAAUAUACAAACUAAAUUCAUAUAUAAAAAUCACAAUAACUUCAGGACUGCAAAUAUUCUUGUGUUUGGAAGAAAAAGCAAUGUUGCAACAAAGAGAUGUCUAUGUUUCAUUUAAUUUGUAUCUUUUCUACUAGGCUCUCAGAGAAUACAUGUACAUGUGUAGUUGUGCAUGCCAACUGCUGAAAAUAAUGACAGUGCCUUUUGAAAAUGAUUAACCCUUCGCCUUACCAAUGUUUUCUUCCAUUUUUAUAAGUUUUUGACCUAUUGCAUCAUGAGAAAGAUAACAUGUGUACAUGAAGUUUUCUUUUUUGGUUUUCAAAUUUCAUUUGAACAUUAUUGAGUUCAUCAUGUUAGUUUUUAAUGAGCAUUACAUUUCACGCUUAUGUGAAAUCAAAAUCAGUUGAAUUUUGUACAUAAAAAAAACAUUGAUGGAUAGAAAUAAUCUUAAAAAGUAGUACCAGUACAGAGAUACAUGUGCAGUAUAUAGUGUAUUUAUAUAAUUACUCCUUUGCUUUGUUUUAAAUACCUUGGUUACAUGUACAUGGAGAACCAAAUGAUGACAAAAAGUCAAAUAUUGUUUUCAUUCAGUCUUGAAGUUUAUUUUUUCAAAAUGCCGACACGUGUUUACUCUCUAUGCAUAGACAGUACGAAUCAGGGUACAAAUACAGGUUCUAGGUUAUCCCCUGGACAACCACCCUGCGGAUAACCAACCCUGGGAUAACCACCCUUUAUGACGACUACCCCCUAGGACAACUACCCUGGGGGUUGUCGUCCUAGCGGGUGGUUGCCCUAGGGAGUAGUUGUCCUAGAGGGUGGUUAUCCAGAGGGUUAGGUGUCCGGAUAGGACAAAUACAUUGUAUAGUUUUGAGAAAUAUUGUGUAAAAACAAACAAGACCAAAGUAAUGUACAUCAUGCCGAAGUACUGUACCUCCUUUUUAUGUAUCAAUUUUUGUUUUAUAAUAAACAGAUUAUAUCGAUUAAAUA